UGUUAGAGGCACCAUGACCACACAACCCCUCUUCUACUGCUUAAAGCAACCCGGGCUGCCUUGUUUUGCAGCGUUUCCGAGCCAAUGUUCAACUGAAAGAGAGACCUAUGCCAAAUCCUCCGCCAUCAUCAUGUUUUCAUCUUUGCAGGGGGAGGGAGGGUUGACUACGAGGCAAAGUGGGGGGAGAAACAGACACACGCGGGGCCUAGUCGCCGCAUCUUUUCAUGCGAAGAAGCUGUGCCGCUAAACCACCCGUUUUUGGUUUCCCCAAACAACUCUGGCCCGGGCCUCAGUCCGCGGUCUAGAGUUUGAUAGCGGGCCGUUUGAGACGGAAGUGCGUCGGUGUGUAGCUGCCAGCCAGCCAGCCCCCGUGCCCCGAACACCAUCAUGGGAGAUAGUAGAGAUUCCCACAGCCCAGACAGUUCGUCUGUCUCCUCCCCUCCAUCGGGGCAGCGCUCGCCCCUGCUGGUUUCCUCGGCUGCGGCUUCCAUGACCUCCCUGCCUCCCAUCACCACCACUGGGGUCAACAGCCCCAUCAGUAGCAUCGGCUCCCCCUUUUCCGUCAUCAGCUCUUCACUGGGCUCGCCCUGCCUACCUGGCACGCCAUCAGUGGGCUACGGCCCCAUCAGCAGCCCGCAGAUCAACUCAACGGUGUCCAUGUCAGGGCUCCACGCAGUGAGCAGCUCCGAUGACGUGAAACCUCCGUUGGGCUUGAAGCCCCACAGCCCAGGGCCGAUGCUUUCCCAGAAGCGCCUUUGUUCUAUCUGCGGAGACAGAUCUUCUGGUAAGCACUACGGUGUUUACAGCUGUGAGGGCUGUAAAGGCUUCUUCAAGCGCACAGUGCGCAAAGACUUGACCUACACCUGUCGGGACAAUAAAGACUGUAUGGUGGAUAAGAGACAGAGGAACCGCUGCCAAUACUGCCGCUACCAGAAGUGCCUGGCCAUGGGCAUGAAGAGAGAAGUGGCCAAGAUGAACGACAGAUCUGUCCAAGAGGAACGGCAGAGGAACAGGGAACGAGAGGGGGAGGUGGAGUCGACCAGUGCGGUGAACGAGGAGAUGCCAGUGGAGAAGAUUUUGGAAGCGGAGAUGGCUGUUGAGCAGAAAACAGAACUUCACACAGACGGAAGUUCAGGUGGCAGCUCUCCGAACGAUCCUGUCACCAACAUCUGUCAGGCAGCAGACAAGCAGCUCUUCACCCUGGUGGAGUGGGCUAAGAGGAUCCCUCACUUCUCUGAGCUGGCCCUGGACGACCAGGUCAUCCUGCUACGUGCAGGCUGGAAUGAGCUCCUGAUUGCAUCGUUCUCCCAUCGCUCCAUCUCCGUGAAGGAUGGGAUUCUACUGGCCACUGGCCUGCAUGUUCACAGGAACAGCGCUCACAGUGCAGGCGUUGGAGCCAUCUUUGACAGGGCGCACAAUGCCGAGGUUGGGGCCAUAUUUGACAGGGUGUUGACAGAGCUUGUUAGCAAGAUGAGAGACAUGCAGAUGGACAAGACUGAGCUUGGCUGCCUUCGAGCCAUCAUCCUCUUCAACCCAGAUGCCAAGGCUUUGUCCAAUCCCAGCGAGGUGGAGCAGCUGAGAGAGAGGGUGUACGCAUCGCUCGAGUCCUACUGCAAACAGAAAUACCCAGAUCAGCAGGGCAGAUUUGCAAAGCUCCUCCUCCGGCUCCCAGCGCUGCGCUCCAUUGGUCUGAAGUGCCUGGAGCACCUGUUCUUCUUUAAACUGAUUGGCGACACGCCCAUCGACACCUUCCUGAUGGAGAUGCUGGAGGCCCCCCACCAGCUAAGCUAGAGGGCGCCAGGUUUGGUCCGGUCAGGAUCCGUUGCACACCAGGAUCACCAACACGUCAGCACCACGUUGGGUCGUUGGGUCUCUCUUAACUGCAGCACCUGCUGGUUUUAAUGUACCAGCUCUCACACUUGCAUACACACAAACACACAAACACAUAUUCCAUUGAUGUGUCACUGGCUAAUUAUCUCGAUACACGCACAUGGCGAUCUUAACUUGCAUACAUGAAUUGAUAUGCAACAUAACUAAUACACAGAUAAUAUGGCUCCGGAUGAACAGUAUGCUAAUAUACACUCACACACAUUUUCACCGUCUUCUCCCACACUCAUUUUUUCAGCAUAGGGGUAACGACUCAAUUAAUACAACCCCUUUUUAUCACACAUAUACAGUUAAUGUCUUAAUCUUAAGUUAGCCUUCAGUUUUCACAUUUCACAGUGGGGUAUUUGCUUUUGAGUUGCUGGUAUACAGCCCUUGUUCUUAACUUGGGUUAGUUAGUUACAUUGCUAGCUGCUCUGUGCAUUAUAUCCAUCACAAGCCGGUUACUUAUUCAUGUAUGGUUUGAGCCUAAAAUCAGGUGAAUGGGAUUUCAAUCAUUUGUCCAUCAUCAAAUGAAUUCAAUUCUUAUUGGUCAGGAGGUGUCCUACAGUGGACAGGCAGACAUCCUCCCAGUGAGCUCAUCCAAUCUUCGAAACAUAGAAACAUGUAAUGCUUUUUGUUGAAUAAUCAUGCUGAAACUUGUUUGAGUUUCUGUUUUUGAAGUACUGUACUCAUGAAAUGAGAGCUUUUUCCAAGGCAUUGAAAUCCAGGAAAAGGGGAGUGAGAGCACUUUGUUGAACAGACGGACUUUGUCCCUCCCACCCUGAUGCGCACAGCGGGCUUUGUAAGACAAGAUGAAUGACUUGAAUUAUUAUAAUUUUUUUUCUUCCUAGUUCUGAUUUAAUCCUUUUCUCUAUUUUGGCAGUUGGUUGGCUUUUAACAGCUAAAAUUGUAGCUGUUUGUCUUUUAAGCCCCCCCCCCCCAAUCCUCACUUUGCUGGUGGUCAUUUAUGCACUUUUGUGAGUUGUUAUUGUGUAAAUGUUACUGUUUCCUAGAAAUGACUCUUUUCUCAGAUACCUAAGAUGACCUUGAAGGUACUACGUGUAGGAUUUUCUCACUGUUGCAUCGUUGUCCAAUCAGAAGUGAUGUUUUGUUUAAUUUGCUAAAUGAUUGGCCACUUCAUGUGCAGUUGAUAACCAGGCUUGGUUUGCCUCUAGCUGAGCUGUGUGAGGUAUUCAAGAUGCUGCACUCUGUUCUCUCUGUUGAUUGAGGUGCAAUAGCGUGGUUUUUUUUGACAGAGAUAUGUGAUAAAAAAGACCAGCUGAAAUUAUUGGAUAGUGUUAAUAGCGCAGCAUUUCAAUUAACCUGGUCAUCAAUCAAUAUGAAAUUUGGCGUAUCUGCGAUACUUCUGGUCAUGGAUGAACUACCGGCUGUGUAUAGAUUGGCAAACAAUGCGCCAGUGUUUGAGCUACUUGUUUGUUGUGUUACUGUAAUGCAAUAAUGUUCUAAUUAGUGCUAUAUCAUGGAAAUCCUACACCUACUACCUGCUGCUGUGGGAAACUUCCUUCUGUGUGUAUUGGCUCGAUGCUUGCGACUGUUGUACAGUAGAUGUAAAUAAUCCAAAAGAAUAUCGGGAGUCCCGCAGAAACAAAUGCCUGUUCACACUUGUGAAUGUGAAAUAUGUGGCUCCAACAAAAGCAUUUAAAAGCUCAAUUUUUUUUUGCUGUCGAAUCAAAAUGAGGCUUGCCUCCUGUAUGAGGUCAUCACCGUGAAGUUGUUAUUGAGCCCGAGGCCGAACCACACCUCGCUGCUGCUUUCGCACCAACUUCUGCCAAUGCUCCCGGUCGUUCUCAGUACCUGAUUGGCUGAAUAUCAAUGACAACGGCACUUGACAUUUACUGUGAUUUAAAAUGUUUGGGCGGCUGACUGAGCAUUGCAGUGAAAAGUCGAGAGCAGCUACCACAUGAAGAGAUAAACAUUAAACUAUAAAGUGGGCUGCAAUACUGUGGUACACAGAUUUAUGACGGUCUUUGUUAGUAUUUAAAAGAGUGUUGUCGUUCCAAGGUGUAUUUCGCCUUCUUAUUAGUCAGCCCAUUUGAUAGCAUUAGAAUCGUACAUUCUGCAGUAUCAUUCUACAGGGACGAGGCACAGCUGUCCUCUACCAGGUGCUAAAUAACUAAUGUGGUUAGUUUAAGACUUGCACAUCUACAUCAAUGCAAACAGUAUGCAAGUACACAGACAAAUCAGUUCUCCAUUCAUCGAACAGGUCUGCUGAAGAAAUAGGUCCCCUUUUUUUUUUCUAUUUGUUACUUUUAAGACCGCAAACUUUAAUACAGAUUCCCUACUAUGGAAAUAAACACCAGCGAAGUGUUGUUUUUUUGUGUAUUUUAAAAAGCAGUUAGGCCGGUGGAAGCAAUGAAAGUAGCUGGGGAGUGUUUGUGUCCAAUCAGCUGUUUUGACCAGAAUGAGCAAAGAGCUUCCUGCCCUGCGGAUAGUCUAAACACUUCUCAGACAGGAGCCCCCCCCCCCCUUGUGAUGUGGACUCUGAGGCCGACAGUUAGAUGGCCUGGUUUGGUUUUUUGGUUUAAUUUGUCAGUAUGUUGGUCUAACUUUAAGCGUUUGGUGUUGUUUCAGUUGUUCUCCAGCCAUGCAUACACACGGCCAACUCUCCAGAGAUUCAUUCAUUUCCUUCAUGCAGAGAAAGGUCGGACCCUCGAGCUGCAUGGCAGCCUUACUCUGGUGUAGGCUGGUAAAGAAAAGCAAGCUGGUGGCAAGCUAAUGAUUCAAUUGAUUAGCAUUAACAUCCGCUUGCACUGUGUGUGACGCGGUUUGGUCUCGGAGACUUGAGUUAAUAACAGUUUGGCUGUAGAAUGAAGUUUGUGAGAGCCACCCACCCGUUCCUUUUUAGAGAGAAGGCUGACUGUUAAAACUUGCUGCUACUGCACCAUGUUUAUAGCUGGAAACGGGAAUGAUUACACAAUCAGUCGAGUACUGGAGGAAAAAACACACCAGUUGCAUACACAGCUUACUGAGCAAAUACCAAUCAAAGUGAAAAAUAUGCAACUUGUUUAUUCAUAUUGUGAUAAACAGUUGCAAACUGCAUUGUGUUUUGGCCGAUUUUAGCUUAGUCUGUAACAUAAGUUGAUGUUAAUUGACAGUGAGAAGAUUCAGAAUUCCAAUCCCUCCUUAUGACAGCAAUGGGUCUAGGUUUAGUCUCUUAACAUUGCGCUAUGAGCUUAGUUCAUUUAGUGGAUGAUGCAGAGACACAGUAAAGACAUAUUUAAUAUGCUAUACAGUCAGUGCAGGUUCUGUAUGCUAAGCCACUUUAAGCUUUGCUGAUCGAGCAGACUGUUUUAGCAAGAGCUGAUGGUUGGUGGUUGUUGUUGUUUUUUUUGUGUCAUUUUUUAAAGGGUAUGUGUGGCCACACGUAUGCUUUUUUGCACAUGUGUAAUGUAUCUGCCUGCAGCUACGCCUUUUGACUGGCAGAUACUAAACCUUCGGCGGUCACAUGCUGAGCGCUAUUUAUUUGGUUUGUUCAGCUAAAAUAAUGCACAGAGGAGCCGGAGGGGGCGAUCAGCUGGUGUGUUGACCAACACAAACACAAACUCCUCCCUUGGCCCCGUCUCCACUACUUGACCUUAAACUCAACAAACACUCACAUGCUCAGCCACGUGGGCUUUGUAUUGGGACGGACUUGUAAAAAAUAUCCCCGUGAUUCUUGGACUGUUUGAAAAAGGAUGUGAAGCUUCUUUUUUUUUUUUU